AUGAGCUCUCGAGCAAGUCGCCGUUGCCUUAAAUGUAGCUACUGUCGUGAUUGGUAUCGUACUGAUAAUCAAUGGAACUUUCGUGAUGGUGGAACCGGUAAUGCUAAGGGAAAAUUUGAUGCUGCAGAACGUACGCGUCGUCAACAAUGUAAUUCAUCUUCUUGGGGUACGUCGCAGUAUCAGUAUCAGAUAUACACGCCUCGGCCGUACUACUCCACUCCUUGGGAAGCUAUUAGUCAUCGUACUAAUGGCUCUGAGUAUCAUCUUAAGUAUCGUCCUGCUCAUGAGUCUCGUCCUAAAUACGAGUGUGACUCUAAUGAAUAUACGUAUCGCUUUAGUGGUUUAUGCCGGCGCGAUGGACAGAAUUACUACUGGUAA